UUGUGGCUGUGGAAUCUGACUUUGUUGAUAAGAAACUAGUGGAAACUCAGUACUUCGGUGGGACGACAGAGUUUGCAACCAUGGCCGAUUCUGUAGCGGUAGAGGAUCCGAAAUUCACUUUACAAGAGGUUCUUGACACUUUUAAGUCAUGCCUAUCUGAAAACAAAGAAGUAUUCCUCGAACAUUAUGUAGCAGGGUGGCUUGGUCUUGUAAGAUUCAUGAACAGCCUGGGGAGUGUGUUCUCCUUCAUCGCCAAGGAUGCUGUCAACAAGAUCCAAAUCCUGAUCAACCAUCUGAACGGUGAGAAUGGGGCCCACUAUGUCACCGUCCAGUCUAUGGUCAAAUACGAACUGGACAACCAACUGGUGGACCUGACUAAGAGAGGCAGCUUCCCCGAGUCCGGCUGCCGCACCCUCCUGAGGCUGCAUCGUGCCCUGCGCUGGCUGGAGCUCUUUCUGGAGCGGCUGCGCACCAGCACUGAGGAAAGCAAGACCUCGGUCAUGUGCUCUGAGGCCUAUAAUGAGUCCCUCUCCCAACACCAUGCAUGGAUCAUCCGCAAGGCUGCCGGUACAGCUUUCUGGGCUCUCCCAGGGCGUGCUACGUUCUUUGAUGUGAUGAAUGUAGGCACCCCAGAGCAGGUAGUGACCAUGCUAGGGGAUGCCCUGCCUCUCAUCUCUGAGGUGUACCAAGUGACAGAGGACCUCUAUGUCCAGAACAAUAUACUGGACUUGCCCUAGUAGGCAGGAAGUACUAUAGUAGUAGUAGUAGUAGCCUGGUGGGCCCAGAUCUGUGUGGGCCGUCUUGCCAACUCCAAUGGAAUUGUUUAUAAGAGUUGGCAAGACAGCAUAAACAGAUCUGGGACCACCAGGCUACUGUAGGCCUAGUAGUCCAACCAGCACAUCAAUGCUGGCAAGCCAUGCUGCUCCUUAUCGUUUCUUGGUGACCAUUUCUGGUAUAUAGAGAUGGGUGUAUUACUGUAUUAUGUACAUUACAUUAUGUAAUAAGGCAGCAUUACCCAUAUAUUUCUUUCUAAUUAGAAUUGUGAAAUGGGAUUUCUAUGGCAUCCAGUGCUGUUUUUGUGCAACACAUAUUUCUGCAUUAAAUUCUCUCCUUAAUUUGCA